UAAUCCUUCCCAGAAUUAGCCCCUUGGUGCAGCACUCGAUAGGAAUGAGAAUCACGAUAUCCUAGGCGUGAAAGCUUUCAUUUACUUUAAUGAUCCUAUGGAUAUGGAUCUCAUGAGCAGGGGUCUACGGGUGUGUUAAAUGACGUUUAAAGAACCGAAACAGAAAGUUUAGUUAGCUAGUGUAUGUAUCGCUUAUUGGGACAUCGUUAUCGGAAUUGUUACGUUUUUCAUUCCGCGUCGUUCAUCCUGUUUAAUCGAGCCUUACGAUCACGCGGCUGAUACUGUCUGACACUACGUAUCGAUAACGCAAAAUCAGUAGCGUCGUUUCACAGCUGAUUCCACGCGGGACGAUGAUCAUUCGAUUCGCCGAAUCGAUGUUUACCCAAACGAACCGGAAUUUUUUUUAAUUAAAGCGAUUCGUAUUCUACGGUUCUGUUAAAAGGAAAGAGAAUUAAAAUGGAGCCAGGUCAGAACCAGGUGCAAAGUGCCUCCAACACCGAUGGUGCUGAAAACAAGGGAAGCUGCUUGUUGCUUCGGUAUGCUAGUCAAAAUUCUUUGGACGAGAGUUCACAGAAGCACAUACCCCGUGAAAGUGGAAAGGAUAAACCACCGUACAGAAAUCAUCACCAUACAAAUCGGGCAUUCGAUGUUAUCAAUGAGAUGAGAAAGAAAAAUUUAUUAUGUGACGUGAUUUUGGUAGCAGAUGGAGGCUUAGAAGUACCUGCUCAUAAAAUGGUCCUUGCUGCUUGCAGUCCUUAUUUUUAUGCUAUGUUCACAAGUUUUGAGGAAAGAGAUCAAGAGAGGAUAACUUUGCAAGGUGUAGAUUAUUCUGCUCUCGAACUGUUAGUGGAAUACGUAUACUCCGCAGAAGUUCAUGUCACCGAGGACAAUGUGCAGGUGCUAUUACCAGCUGCAAAUCUUUUGCAAUUAACGGACGUCCGCGAUGCGUGCUGCGACUUUUUACAAGCCCAACUGCAUCCGUCGAAUUGUUUAGGAAUUCGCGCGUUCGCCGAUCUUCACAGUUGUCUAGAAUUGUUAUCGCAUGCGGAUAGUUAUAUUGAACAACAUUUUUCGGAAGUAGUGGACGGUGAAGAAUUUUUAACAUUAGCCCCGCAGCAAGUAGCCAAACUGAUUUGUAGCGAUUGUUUAAUGGUACUGUCGGAAGAAAAGGUGUUCGAAUGCGUUAUAUCGUGGGUGCAUCAUGACUUGGAUAAGAGACAAGCUCAUUUAGCACAAUUAAUGGAACAUGUACGUUUACCUUUGUUAUCUCAAGAGUAUCUAAUGCAACGGGUAGAAGAGGAGCCACUUCUCAAGGCGAAUUUACAAUGUAAGGACUUUUUGAUCGAGGCUUUGAAGUAUCAUUUGCUGAAGGGAGAACAAAAAUCGUUGUUUAAAACUCCUCGUACGAAACCCAGGCAACCGAGAGGCUUGCCAAAAGUUUUAUUAGUUGUAGGGGGACAAGCUCCAAAAGCGAUUAGAAGCGUGGAAUGUUACGAUUUUAAAGAAGAGAAGUGGUAUCAGGUCUCCGAGUUACCGACUCGUCGCUGCAGAGCUGGCUUGUCCGUCCUUGGUGGUCGCGUGUACGCCGUUGGAGGAUUUAAUGGAUCUCUCAGAGUACGAACUGUAGAUAUUUAUGACGCUGCUACGGAUCAGUGGUCACCUUGCCCUGAAAUGGAAGCUAGAAGAUCGACGCUCGGCGUAGCAGUUCUUGGAAACUGCAUUUAUGCCGUCGGUGGGUUUGACGGAUCGACUGGUCUAAAUUCCGCCGAAGUGUAUGAUCCAAGAACUCACGAAUGGAGAAUGAUCGCACCGAUGUCGACGCGUAGAAGUAGCGUAGGCGUGGGUGUAGUCAAGGGAUUACUAUACGCUGUCGGCGGUUACGACGGAGUAUCCAGACAAUGUCUCUCCAGCGUGGAGUGUUAUAAUCCAGAGAAAGAUCAAUGGAAACCAGUGCCCGACAUGACUGCUCGUCGCAGCGGCGCCGGUGUCGGUGUUUUAGACGGGAUUUUAUACGCUGUAGGAGGACACGACGGUCCUCUGGUCAGGAAAAGCGUGGAAGCUUUUAAUCCGGAUACUAAUCAAUGGACUCCAGUUAGCGACAUGACCCUCUGUCGUAGAAAUGCUGGUGUCGUUGCACUGAACGGUCUGUUGUACGUGGUGGGCGGCGAUGAUGGUUCGUCGAGUCUAGCGUCCGUCGAGGUGUAUUCCCCGAGGAACGACACUUGGACAACCCUGCCGACUUGCAUGGGGAUCGGUCGCAGUUACGCGGGAGUCGCUAUAAUCGACAAGCCGAUGCCGUCGACGACGUCGAUGUGAGGAUUACAAUCCGCUGGG